CGCCCCACAUACUUCUUAAUAGAAAGUCAAAAGCGUCUCAAACACCGCCUCUUCUUCCCCUUCUUCUCCUUCUCUUUCUCCUUCAAAAUGCAAAAUUUGGACCAUUACCAGUCGCCGCGUGAAAAAGUUCAAAAGUACAAAACUCACGUGCAAAGCAUGUGAUGCAUCAUGCAUCAUACUCUCAUACGUAGUAAUGAAUUACAGUUGAGAUCCCAUAAAAAGGGCGAGAGGCCGAAAACCAAGAGAAAUGGCGAUGGAGAAGAAAACGGUGGUGGUGGAUGUGGAGAAGAGGCCCAAGACGAAGAUCGUGUGCACGCUAGGGCCAGCGUGUAGAUCCGUGCCCAUGCUCGAGAAGCUCUUGAGGGCCGGAAUGAACGUUGCCAGAUUCAACUUCUCCCAUGGCUCCCAUGAAUAUCACCUGGAAACCCUUAGUAACCUCCGCGCCGCCAUGGACUCCACCGGUAUUCUAUGUGCUGUUAUGCUCGAUACCAAGGGUCCAGAAAUUCGAACCGGGUUUUUGAAGGAUGAAAAGCCCAUCCAUCUGAAGCAAGGCCAAGAGAUCACCAUAUCCACUGACUAUAACAUAAAGGGUGAUGAGAAAAUGAUUUGCAUGAGCUACAAAAAGUUGGCUGAAGAUGUAAAACCUGAUAGUGUCAUACUCUGUGCUGAUGGCACCAUCACAUUCACAGUCCUAUCUUGUGAUAAACAAAAGGGUUUGGUUUGCUGCCGCUGCGAGAAUUCUGCUGUUCUUGGCGAGAGGAAGAAUGUUAAUCUUCCAGGGGUCAUCGUUGAUCUUCCAACUUUGACAGAGAAAGACAAGGAAGAUAUCCUAAACUGGGGAGUUCCCAAUAAAAUUGACAUGAUUGCUCUGUCUUUUGUGCGCAAAGGUUCAGAUCUUGUUGAGGUUCGGAAGCUGCUGGGGAAGCAUGCCAAGAAUAUCCUCCUCAUGUCGAAGGUUGAAAAUCAAGAAGGGGUGGCAAAUUUUGAUGAAAUCCUUGCAAAUUCAGAUGCAUUUAUGGUGGCACGAGGUGAUCUGGGAAUGGAAAUCCCAAUAGAAAAGAUAUUUUUAGCCCAGAAAGUGAUGGUCUACAAGUGCAACAUUCAAGGAAAGCCUGUUGUGACUGCAACCCAGAUGCUGGAGUCCAUGAUCAAAUCUCCCCGGCCAACUCGAGCUGAAGCCACUGAUGUUGCCAAUGCAGUUCUUGAUGGUACAGACUGUGUGAUGCUGAGUGGUGAAACAGCUGCUGGAGCUUACCCAGAACUUGCAGUUCGGACCAUGGCAAAAAUAUGCAUCGAAGCAGAGAGCACACUCGACUAUGGAGAUGUCUUCAAAAGGAUCAUGAAAAAUGCCCCCGUACCCAUGAGCCCAUUGGAGAGCCUGGCUGCUUCGGCGGUUAGAACAGCCAACUCGGCAAGAGCAGCUCUCAUAUUGGUCUUAACCAGAGGAGGAAGUACAGCAAAACUGGUGGCUAAGUACAGGCCGGGCAUGCCCAUUUUGUCUGUGGUUGUCCCUGAGAUAAAGACCGAUUCCUUUGAUUGGUCAUGCAGUGAUGAAGCUCCAGCAAGGCAUAGCCUCAUUUUCCGGGGUCUGGUUCCAGUUUUAAGUGCUGCAUCUGCUAGGGCUUCUCAUGCAGAGACAACAGAGGAAGCACUGGAGUUUGCCAUUCAACAUGCCAAGGCAAAGGGAUUCUGCAAGAAAGGAGAUUCCCUCGUGGCUCUGCACCGCGUUGGUUCUGCAUCUGUGAUCAAGAUCUUGACCGUGAAGUGAUAUUGUUUCCGCAAUGACCAGCUAUCUGUUUUCCCUUUCCCUACUGAAGGGGAAAAAAUGCUUCUAAUUUUGCCAGUUUGCCACAAUUUUUUUGGUGGAGAAGACUCCAUAUGCUGAAUAGUAGUUUCUGUCCGAGUCCUGAACUAGGGCUUUGUCCUGGUUCCAAUUUUUUGCCUAAAGGAACUCUGAUAAUUGUUAUCAAUGUGAUUUUGCUAACAAUAGAGUAUUCUUUGAUACUGUU